GGCGCCAUAUCUAGAGAAGAAAUUGAGCACAGCGAAAAUGAUUAAAUUUCUGUUUGUUUCACCCUCCGUCUCCAAUAUUUCACCAAGACAGCUGUCAUCCGACGGGAUAUUAACAAAGAUGGGGUAUCAAAGCUGUGUUUACAGCGUUAAAACAUCAUCAUUGAAAUGAGAGGAUAAUGUCUGUUUACUGUCUCAUUGUUGAGACGUGUAACCGUGAGUUUUUUCAGACUAUAACAAUCCUUCAUCAUCUCUCACGAGCCAACGUCUCCUUUGAGUGACUGAAUGCAACUCAGUCUUGUUGCGGAGAAGGGCAUUUCCGUUUCCAACCAUCAUGGCUUCUGUGAGCCUUUUCUCCAGUCCCCCUACCCCUGUUCUUGACAAAAACAUGACAGACUCUGAACUGGCAGGGGAUGAAAGGGAGGAUGGUGAAUUGGAAGAUGGGGAAAUCGAUGACGAAGGAAUCGGCAUCGAGGAGGAAGGGAAGGCCGCUAACGAGGAGCACGGAGAGAAAGAGAAAGAAAAAGAGAAGGAGCGAGAGAAGGACAAGGAGAAAGAGAGAGAGGACAAAGCUCACAGGCACGCUCGCAAAAAGCACCGCCGCUCCAGAGAGAAAUCUGCGAGGAGGUCGAAGAGGAGGAGACGGGAGAGACAGAAGCACCACUCUCCCUCAAGCAGCUCCAGCUCUGACAGCUACGACUCGGACUACGACCGCCAGGAGAGGCCCAAGAGUAAGAAGAGCCAGGGGCCCUACCGUGGUGACUACGACAGCCAGUUCUCACAGCAUGGACGUGAGUCCGGUGGGGGGCACGGAAAAGCUCAGAGGCAAGCCCAGCACAAGAGCAGCGACGUGGACAAGUACAGCGACUACAGCGACUAUGAGGAGGACGACGACUUCUCCGAGGAGCUGUCCCAGUACAGACACGCCAAAGGCACCGGCUCCCCAGGCCCGGGGAAGGGAGGCCCCAAAGACCAGGGCAAGAGGCAGGGCAUGAAGGGCCUCCAGAAACCGCAGUUCGGUGGCCAGAGAGGGCGAGGCCGAGGCGGCAUGGGUAGGGGCCGUGGUGGCGCGAUGCCCAAGAACAAGAAACAGAAGGGCAAGAACUGGGGCCGAGGGAAGGGCCGAGGAGCCGACCAGGCUACCGAGGGGCCCAAGUCAGCCAGACACUCUUCCGCCGGCUCAGAGGAAGGGAAAGGCGCACCUGGCUUCCAGAAGAAGCGUCCCAUCAUGACUCAAGAGUUCAUCAAUCAGCACACGGUGGAACACAAUGGCAGAUACAUCUGUAAAUACUUCCUGGAGGGUCGAUGCAUCAAAGGUGACCAGUGCAAGUUUGAUCAUGAGCAUGUUGUUCCCGACAAGAAAAAAGAGCUGUGCAAGUUUUACCUCCAGGGUUACUGCAGCAAAGGAGACAACUGCAUCUAUAUGCACAAGGAGUACCCUUGCAAGUUCUUUCACACGGGAGCCAAGUGCUACCAGGGAGACAACUGCAAAUUCUCCCAUGAUGCUUUGAACGACGUGACACAGGAACUCUUAGACAAGAUCGUCAACACAGAGGAGGACAACGCUGAUGAAGAUGAGCUGGAACUGGAGGAUCUGCGGAAGCAGGGCAUCGCACCCCUCCCCAAACCGCCGCCUGGGGUGGGUCUACUACCCACGCCUGGAUCCAGUAGCCCCCAGGACACCAGUGGGGGGGGCAAAAAGAUCCCCUCUCUGUUUGAGAUCAAAGUGCAGCCCACCAUGGACCUGGCACAGAAGAUUGGCCUCAGCAACCGGCCAGGUUUCUACAACAACAACUCCCCCAAUGGAGGGCCGCCCCAAUUCACUGAGGAUGGCCAGGCAGGCCCUAACGCCCCUCUGCCCCCUCAGCCGGGAUCCCCAGGCUCCAUGGGUGGGCCUCCGCCUCUUCCGCACGGGGGCCCAGGGGCCCCACCCAACGCCCCAGGCCAGCAGCCUCCUCCUGGGUUUGGGCAGGGCCCUCCCAUGCCUCCCGGUGGGCCUCCAAGCGGGCCGCCUCCACCGUUCCACGGGAACAUGCUCCACAUGAACCGGCCCCCAGGGCCGCAGGGGAUGAUGGGAGGACCGCAGGGGGGGCCCCCGUUCCCCCCAAUGUGUGACAUGCCGCAGAACAUGCAGCAGAACAUGCAGCAGAACAUGCCGCAGAACAUGCAGCAGAACAUGCCGCAGAACAUGCCGCAGAACAUGCCUUUCCCUGGGAUGGGUCAGAACCCUGCCGAGUUCUUCAACACGUUCUUCAACAACCAGAACAAUCAGAACACGGGUCCUGGAGAUGACAGCCACAAAGCGCAGCAGCAGCAGCAGCAGCAGCAGCAGCAGGCUGGCCCUGACGCCCAGGCGUCCAUGCAGGGUUUCCUGCCGGCUGUGCAGAAGGCCCUGUUUCUCCACCUCACCCAGCAGCAACAGCAGCAGCCACCACCACAGCAGCAGCAGCAGCAGUUUCAGCCAUUUCAGCAACAGCAGCAGCAGCAGCCACCGCCGCAGCAGCAGUUCCACCAGCAGCAGCAGCAGCAGCCACCGCCGCAGCAGCAGUUCCACCAGCAGCAGCAGCAGCAGUUCCAGCAGCAGGCUGAUCCCCAGAGACCAGAGGGGCAGGGAGCUGGGCCUGCCAGCAGGGACAGAGAUGAGACGACAAACUGGUACUCGAGUGACGAGGAGGACGGCGGGGGCAGCGUCUCGUCCAUCCUGAAGUCUCUGAAGAAGCAGAACGAGAUGCUCAAGAGCCAGCAGAGCCAGCAGCAGCAGCAGGCCCAGGGUCCGGCCAAGCCCCCCCAGCUGCCCCCGAGCGACCCCAGGCUGCAGAAGGGGCCCCCGAGUGACCCCCGCGUCAAGGCCGACCCGCGCCAGCGCGCCGCCGACCCCCGCAAGACGGACGCGGAGCCCGGCGUCCACGACCCGCGGCUGUCCAGGGACCCGCGCAAGCUGAAGCCCCCGGAGCCCUCGGCGGGGCUGUCCAAGCCGGACGCUCACAGCAGGCACCCCAGCGGCGGGCACAAGGCGCCUUCGUCGUCGUCGGCGGGCGGCGACGACGAGGAGGAUGGCGAGCGGGAGCUGCGCGAGCGGGCGGUGUUCAUCCCGCUGGAGCCCAGCGCCUCGGCGGCCGCCUCGCUGCGCGACCCGCGCUGCCAGCUCAAGCAGUUCAGCCACAUCCGCGUGGACAUCCUGCUGCAGCGGCCGGCCUUCGCCCACUCGGUGGUGUGGGCGCCCGAGGACCUCAUCCCGCUGCUGGUGCCCAAGCAGGAGACGUCCAUCAACCUGCCGCUGCCGCCGCUCAUCGCCGACGCGCAGCUCAACCGCGCCUUCGGCUCGCCGCUGAACGACUCGCACGUGUCCCCGACGUCGACGGCGCUGACGCCGGAUCCGCGGCUGGCGGCCGCGCGUCUGAAGGAAGGGGUCGUCGGUAGGCUCGGCGCCGGUCGGCCCGGCGCGGAUGGCAAACCUGGUGGCGAGAAGCAGCUGGACCCGCGCGCCUACAAGGACCCCCGGAUCAGCCGCUCGUCCAGCCUGGACUCCUCCUCCAAGCCGCCACCGCUGAAGGACUCUUCGUCGGGGGCGGGCGGCGUCUUGGACCCCAGGCUGCUGAGAGGCUCUGCAGGGUCAUCCAGCUCCUCGUCUGUCGUUGCCUCCGCCGCCGCCACCACUGCAGUGCGAGCGGAGCCCGAAAAGCUCCCCCCUUAUGCCCCGCGGCUAGCUGCCUCGACGGGCGCGGGUCUAGAGAGCCCCACCACCCUCCUGGGAGGCAUCAGCCUGUACGACCCCCGCAACCAGACCUCGCAGCCUGCCAAGGCCGCCGCCGAGGAGCCCUCCGAGCCGCCCAAAAAGACGAGCAUCCUCAAGCCGGCGCUGGGGAAGCGCAGCGGCAGCAGCAGCAGCCCGCCCCCGGCCCAGCUCUCCCCCACGCGCCGCGCGGGGCCCGAGGGAAAGACUUCUGACAGCCCCUCGAACGGCUCCGCAGCUGGAGGCGCCGGCUCGGCAGCGUCGGCCCCCGCUGUCCCCACUUCCCCCGUCGCCGCCCCUACCCCCGCCCCGGCCCCAGCCGUCCACAACCUCCCCAUCCAGGCCCUCGCCGGCCUCAUCCGCCCGCCCUACAACGACCCCCGGCUGGCUAAGCCCUCGAGCCAGGCCCCGGCUGGACCACCGGAGGAGCCGGACAAGAAGGAGGAGGAGGCGAAGGAGAAGAAGGAGGAGAAGAAGGAGGAGAAGAUGGAGGUAGGGGAGGAUGAGGAGCGGCAGCAGCAGGACGAGGAAGAGGACGAUGAGGAGAUGGACAGACCACUAAAGGACGUGUUUAAAACCUUUGACCCGACCGCCUCACCCUUCUGUCAGUGAGCAUCUCUGAGGCCGCCCCACAGCGCCCUCUGCUGGUUACGUGAACUCUGUACAUACGGAAUGUUCCCGGAACAUUCUCUCCAACCCUCAUCCCCUCGCACACACUGCACUCGUAGAUGUAUCUCUUUUCGAAAUUGAUAUAUUUAUUUAUUUUGUAUUGUAUAUAUAUUCUUCAUCAUAUUAUGACCUUUCUUGCAUCACUAGUUUCUUGGGGAACACAUUUAUCAACUUUUCACUCGCUGAAACGUCUACCAGUCUUGCGCUAGUGUUGUUCGAUUCCUCAUAACAGAAUGGCAUUCAGUGUCUGUUUUUAAAAUGCCACAGACUUCAAACACGUGAUUGCAGUUGUGGGGGGUUUUUUUCACGUAAAACUUAAUUUUGCUCAAAAUGUGCCAGUUAAAAACAAUUGUACUUUCCCUAAGGUACGUGACAAGCUCAGCUACUUUGAUUUGUCAGUGGUAGUUGUCCAAACUUAGUUAGCCAUGGAGCUAACUUGAAAAACGGUGUAUUGUGCAGGAUCACAUUUGAAUAUGCGUAAACCUCUACUAGUAUGUGUAUGCUAAUUGAAACAAUUCAAAAUGUGGCACUAUAUGUCAUUCUGUUACUGCAAAUCUGCCCAUGAACUCCUCUUCGUCAUGGUUUAAUUCCUGUUAAGAAGUUUUGCAUUAUAUAUGGAAUGGAGACAGGUUCAGACUUAAUUUAUAUACAGCUCUAGUAAUACAAAAAGUUCAACAUUAAACGAUUACUUUUGCAAAGAGAUAUAUGGUAAGUUAGGUAUUAACGUUUUAAUUGUAUAUGAUCGUGUGAAAAAAGGUUUCACAUAAAGCAUAGUGACAGAUUUUUUUUUAUGAAAUGAUGAAAACAGUUAAGCUUCAUAUUCCAGUGCUAUGAGUAUUAUCAUCAGAGCCAGCUAAUCUUCUAUACCCAUGAUUGUCUUCUGUGUUUGGCAUUUGUUUUUCAGUUCGUCAUUUACAGUAUGACUGCGAAGAAUGUUAAAAUUGUUCGAAUUGACAAUUGACUUGUGUUGCUGUAAGGUGCUAUCUUAGUGGCGUUUUUUUUUUGUUGAUGAACAUUGUUUUUUUUGAAAUACUGUAUGUUAAACUUAUAAGCUCGACUUUUAAAAAAAGCUUAUUUUCUAUCAUAAAUGCAGUGCUUUCCAGAAUCUUUGUCCAAGUAAUCAUGUCAUUUUGUUAUUGCUGACAGAUGCAGUCUGAGGAAACACUCCAAAUGAGUUUGUGUGUGACUGUUCAUUGCCUUUUUAUUUUUUAUCCAUUGUCUUUAAUAAAGAAAAAUCUACAUGGCU